AUGGCUGAAACUUAUGUUGGUGCUGUUUUAGAAGCAGUUUUGUCAAAGGUGAUUCCAAUCACUACAGAACAUAUCGACCUUGCAUGGGGUUUACAGGACGAGUUGACAAGGCUUGGUGACUCACUAGAAAUGAUCAAAGCUUUCUUGCAAGAUGCAGAGGAAGGACGAACGAAGAACAACUUGGUGAAGCUUUGGUUGCAGAGGCUCAAAGUUGUUGCUUACAAGGCUGACGAUGUAUUGGAUGAGUUUUCAUAUGAAAUCCUCAGAAGGAAAGUGGAGAUUCAGGAUCACAUUGGGAGGAAAAGUGCCAUGGAUCAUGAAUCUCAUGUAUUUGGAAGAUCAAAUGUGGAAACAAUCUCUUUCAUGGAUGACUCAAACAUUGUUGGAAGGAAAUCUGAUGUCUCAAAGGUUGUUGAUUUGUUAGUCAAUCCCAAAGAUGACCAAGUUGUCUCUUUUGUACCUAUUGUAGGACCAGGAGGCCUUGGUAAAACCACUUCAGCCAAGCUGGUGUACAAGGAUGUGAGUGUGGAAAGGCAUUUCGAUGUCAAAACCUGGGUAUGUUUUUCUAAUGAUUUUGAUGUGAAAAGGAUUUUAAAGGAGAUGUUGGAUCAUUUCCCGAAUCAACGUACUUUAAUAUCUGAUAGUAUGAAUGCCAUAGUCCAGAAACAUAAAGAGAAGAUGGAAGAGGCCAAAGGAGAAAAGGAACAGAUAAAGUAUCUUCUUGUUCUUGAUGAUGUGUGGAGUGUUGAGAAAUGUAAGGAACUGAAGCUUUGUCUAAUAGGAAUCUGUAAAAAUGGAGGGAGUGGAGUUAUUGUUACGACACGCAGUCAAGGUGUAGCAUCAGCAGUGCAAGCAUUUCCUAGUCAAUGGCAUCAAGCAGGAAAACUAGAAGACGAUGAAUGUUGGUCGAUAAUUAAAGAACGUGCACCGAGAGGCUCUCCAAUGCCUCGAGAACUAGAGUUCAUCGGAAGGGAAAUCGCUAAACAGUGUCAAGCUGUGCCAUUAGUAGCUAAAGUUAUAGCAGGGACAAUGUGCAACAUUGAGAAAAGUCAGGAUGCAUGGAUGAAAAUUGAAACAAGUGAUGUAUGGGGUUCAGGAGAAAGCGUGCUAAAAUUGAAUUUUGAUCGAUUAUCUUCUCCAUCUUUAAAGAAGUGUUUUGCAUACUGUGCCAUGUUUCCCAGAGAUUAUUGCUUUGAGAAAGACCAGUUGAUCCAACUUUGGAUGGCUGAAGGAUUUCUCGGCAACUCAAUGGCAAUGGUGGAUAUUGGUAACAAAUACUUGAAUGAAUUGUUAUCAUAUACCUUAUUCCAAGAAGUCGAGAAGGAUACAUGCGGGAAUAUUCUCACAUUCAAGAUGCAUGACUUGGUACAUAAUCUGGCAUUGUCCGUGUCAAAGUCUGAUACUUUAAUUUUUCCAGAAUAUUUCACUUUGACCAUAGAUGAAGUAUCUCAUAUUUGGCAUCUCAAUUUCGGUUGUGACGGGGAAGCAUUAGCGAUAAUGUUGACAACAGUUACUCCAAAAUUGCACUCAUUGUUUUCGGAGAUUGAUCUCUUCCCUUGGAGAAUUGAAGCACUUGAGGUAUUUCGACAUCUCAAAGACGUUCAUCAGAGCACUACCUGGGUCCAUAGCCAAACUUUACAAUUUGCAGACACUGAGGCUCAUGGGUUUAUGGGGACUCACACUUCCAUAUGGACUGAGAAAUUUGAUAAGCUUGAAGCACUUAUAUUUUGA